AUGAAUACAGGCGCCGUGAUGGAGGAAUCCGCUUAUUCUACGGACCAAGUCACGGCAUGGCUCCAACAUAUCCGUCUUCCAACGUCUUACUCGGAAUAUACUGUAAAUCCUGGCAUAUUCCCGCAAACGUACGAGGCCCUCAGUACGUUGAUGAGAUGUCAAAUCUCGAGAUUUCCCUACGAGAACCUUUCUGUCCAUUACUCGCCGACGCAUUUAGUGGACAUUCGCCCGGAGGUCCUUUAUGAAAAGUUGAUGGGCCCAGGAAGAGAUGGAGCCAACGGAAGAGGAGGCUAUUGCAUGGAGCUUAGCAUCUUCUUCUACCAUAUGCUUCGGACCUUGGGGUUUCGCGUGUAUAUGACCGGAGUCAGGAAUCGUUCGAGAACAAACGGGGUGCCUGGAGGAGAAUAUCAGGGAUUCACUCAUAUCAACAACAUUGUACACCUGCCUUCCGGUCAACGUUUCUCUAUCGACGUUGGGUUCGGCGGGGAUGGGCCAACAAGCCCGCUUCCCCUUGAUGAGCAGGGACGAGCCGUGCAGAACCUUGGCCGUCAAGAAGUCCGGCUUAUCCAUGAUAAUAUCCCGAAACAGAGAGUCAACGAUACCAAGCUCUGGAUAUACCAGUAUCGAAAUGCGCCGGAGAAUGCUUGGAACUCAUUCUAUAGCUUUGCAGAGCUCGAGUUCUUUCAGGAGGACUUUGAAGUGCUGAAUCUGUGGGGAUCCGCAAAGACGUUGCACCGGUGGACUGUUCUUGUGGUUCGAUUCUUGCGGGAUGGUGAAGAUGUUCGGUUCUCUGACAACCCCAACAUCCUGCUUGACGAUGAUGACAUCAAGAUCGUCGGAAAAGCCAUGUUGGUAGACAACGUGAUUAAAGUCAACCUAGGAGGAAAGACAAGUAUCGUGCAUUCAUUCGAUUCGGAAGAAGGCAGAUUGCAGGCUCUCAAAUAUUAUUUCGGUAUUACGUUGACAGAGCAAGAGGCGCAAACCAUUCGAGGCUGGGAUAAGGCACUCGGUUAG